AUGAAGCUCCUUUUUGCAGCUGCCUUUGCACUAUUUGUGCUCUCUACAUUUGACAAAGCUGACUCUUCAGCUUAUGACAAAAUAGUCACCCACAGUCGCAUUAGGGCGAGAAGUCAAGGACCCAAUGUCUGUGCGCUCCAGCAAGUCGCAGGGACCAAGAAGAAGUACUUCAGCACUUGUCGUAACUGGUACCAAAAGGCCAUCUGUGGAAAGCCAGCAACUGUGCUUUAUGAGUGCUGCCCAGGAUACAUGAAGAUGGAGGGCGUUACCAAAGGUUGCCCUGCAGUGGCCCCGAUUGAUAAUGUGUACGGCACCUUGGGUCUGGUGAAAGCCAUGUCCACCCAGAAAUACUCUGACCUUUCUGAGCUUAGGCCUGAGAUUGAGGGAUCUGGAUCCUUUACCUUCUUUGCACCCAGCAAUGAAGCCUGGGACAUGCUGGAUGAGGAAAUGAGGUCUGCACUGGUCAGCAAUGUGAACAUUGAGCUGUACAAUGCUCUGCACUAUCACAUGUCCAACAAACGCCUCUUGACCAAAGACUUAAAGAACGGAAUGACAGUCAACUCCAUGUACAAUGAACUUGGUCUCUACAUUAACCAUUACUCCAAUGGGGUGGUGACUGUAAACUGCGCCAGGAUUAUCCACGGCAACCAGGUCGCAACCAAUGGAGUUGUGCAUGUAAUUGACCGUGUUAUCAGCGCUGUCGGAAGCUCAAUCCAGGAUGUCCUCGAGGUUGACGAUGACCUGACAACUCUUAGUGAUUUAGCUCAAACCGCUGGACUGCUGGAGAAACUUGGUGAGGCAGGACAAUACACUCUCUUUGCCCCCACCAAUGAAGCCUUUGACAGUCUGGGCAGCGACGUGCUGGAGAGAAUUCAGAGCGACAAGGAGGCCCUAAAAGCCCUUCUUAAUUUCCACCUCCUGAAUUCGGUUCAGUGCUCCGAGGCCAUCAUGACUGGCACUUCUUAUGAGACCAUGGAGGGCAACAACAUUGAAAUUGGCUGUGAUGGUGAAAGCUUAACUGUUAAUGGCGUCAAGAUGGUGCACAAGAAGGACAUUGUCACCACCAACGGUGUCAUCCAUCUGAUUGACAAAGUACUCAUGCCAGACUCAGCCAAGCAGGUGAUGGAACUGGUUGGAAGUUCCCAGGCAACAUUUGGUGACAUGGUGUCCGAGCUGGGCCUGUCUGCUGCCAUGAGACCAGAAGCUGAGUACACUUUGCUGGCUCCUCUCAAUGCUGCCUUCACUGAUGAAGUGAUGUCUAUGGAUCAGAGUUUCCUCCGUGUCAUCCUGGAGAGCCACAUCUUGAAGAAUAAGCUUGUCCUGGGACAGUUGUACAGUGGCCAGCGACUGGAGACCAUUGGAGGGAAAUUUCUGAGAGUUUUCAUCUAUCGCACAGCUGUGUGCAUUGAGAAUUCCUGUCUGAUCAGAGGCAGCAAAGAAGGAAGCAAUGGGGCCCUCCAUGUCAUGAAGACUCUGUUGAAACCGGCUGAACAAUCUAUGUUUGAGAUUCUGACUGGUAAUGGAGGGUUCAAGAUCUUUUUGUCUCUGAUGGAGGCUGCUGGCUUGACUGACCUGCUGAGACAGGAGGGAGACUUCACAUUGUUCGCCCCAAGCGAUAAGGCUUUUGCUGGGCUGAGUUCAAGUGAUAUCGAUUUGUUGAAGAGUGACAAAAAUGCACUCCAGACCAUCCUCCUUUAUCACAUCAAUAAUGGUAUCUUCAUUGGUGGUGGCUUGGAGGCUGGUGUGACAAACCUUCUCAAGUCUCUCCAGGGCAGCAACCUCAAAGUGAUGCUUGCAAAGGACUCAAUGGAAGUGAACACUGUCAAAAUCCCUAAAUCUGACAUCAUGGCUACAAAUGGAGUCAUUCACUUUGUCAACCAAGUCUUGUAUCCUGGAGAUAUCCCUGUUGGUAGCCAGGAUUUCCUCAUGCUGUUGAAGAGGCUCAUCAGCUACAUGCAGAUCAAGUACAUUUCUGGAUUCAGAUAUCAGGAAAUCCCCCUUACAUUUUUGAAGAGGAUCUUCACUGUCGUCCAGGAAGUUCCAGACGUGACUAAAGUGACAAGGGUUAUCCAAGGGGAACCCAUCAUCACCAAGGUGACCCGAGUCAUCGACGCUCCACCCCAAAUCACCAAGGUUACCAGAGUCAUCGACGCUCCACCCCAAAUCACCAAGGUUACCAGAGUUAUUGAAGGAGAGCCUAUCAUCACCAAAGUCACAAGAGUUGUCUCAGGUCCUGAGUACUCAAGCAGUUCUCGCACCACUAAUGUAGCCCUGGAAGGAACCGAUCUUUCAGAAUUUACCACCUUUGAAGGGAAUGCUAACCUUGACACUGAGAGACUAACCAAAAUAAUCCAAGGUGGUACAAGAAGAACCUCUUCCAGACGAGUAACGGGUGGCAGGAGGCAGCAGAGAAGCAACUGAGCACAGAUGAUUGGAAAAAAUCGUGAUGAUGACAGAGAGACACACCAAACCCAGGGGGAUAAAAGUGGUGUGUUUUUUUUUUUUACAGGGGAAACACUUAAAAUGUCAGUGAUUUUGAAUAUACUGUAAAAGGUAUAGCUGACAAAGAAAAAAUAAAACUAUUUUCUUUAACGA